AAGUGACCCAAAACUAAGUCAAAUUCAUUUCCUGAAUUUAGUAAGAUUCAAAUUAAUUAGAAAUCAAGAUUUUGAAUAAUGCGUGAAAUAGUACAUAUACAGGCGGGACAAUGUGGAAACCAAAUUGGUGCUAAAUUCUGGGAGGUUAUUUCGGAUGAACACGGAAUUGAUCCAACGGGUACCUAUCAUGGAGACAGCGAUUUGCAGCUCGAACGUAUUAAUGUUUAUUAUAAUGAAGCAACCGGAGGAAAGUAUGUACCAAGGGCAAUUCUUGUUGACUUACAACCUGGCACUAUGGAUUCAGUGCGUUCUGGACCAUUCGGGCAAAUAUUUAGACCUGAUAACUUCGUGUUUGGGCAGUCUGGAGCGGGAAACAACUGGGCUAAAGGUCAUUACACAGAAGGAGCUGAAUUGGUAGAUUCCGUUUUAGACGUAGUCCGUAAAGAAGCUGAAGGAUGCGAUUGCCUCCAAGGUUUUCAACUUACUCAUUCCUUGGGCGGAGGAACUGGUUCAGGUAUGGGAACGUUACUUAUUUCUAAAAUUCGCGAAGAGUAUCCUGAUCGUAUCAUGAAUACCUUCAGCGUUGUGCCUAGCCCUAAAGUUUCCGACACUGUUGUCGAACCAUAUAACGCUACCCUAUCAGUUCAUCAGUUGGUGGAAAAUACUGAUGAAUCUUAUUGCAUUGAUAAUGAAGCUCUGUAUGAUAUUUGUUUUCGAACCUUAAAGCUCACAACACCGACCUACGGCGACUUGAACCAUCUGGUAUCAGCAACGAUGUCUGGUGUGACAACAUGUUUAAGGUUUCCAGGUCAAUUGAACGCUGAUUUGCGGAAGCUCGCUGUUAACAUGGUUCCAUUUCCUCGUUUGCAUUUCUUUAUGCCAGGUUUUGCUCCGCUCACUUCCAGGGGCAGUCAGCAAUAUAGGGCAUUGACUGUUCCUGAGCUGACUCAGCAAAUGUUCGACGCAAAGAAUAUGAUGGCGGCAUGCGAUCCACGCCAUGGCAGAUACCUCACUGUAGCCGCUAUAUUUCGCGGUAGAAUGUCAAUGAAGGAAGUUGAUGAACAAAUGCUCAACAUUCAAAAUAAAAAUAGCAGUUAUUUUGUGGAAUGGAUACCAAAUAACGUAAAGACAGCUGUUUGCGACAUCCCACCUAGGGGCCUGAAAAUGUCUUCUACUUUCAUAGGUAAUUCAACUGCCAUUCAAGAGCUAUUUAAGAGAGUAUCGGAGCAGUUUACGGCGAUGUUCCGCCGUAAAGCUUUCUUGCAUUGGUAUACUGGUGAAGGAAUGGACGAAAUGGAGUUUACGGAAGCGGAAAGCAAUAUGAACGAUUUGGUGUCUGAAUACCAGCAAUAUCAAGAGGCAACUGCCGAAGAAGAAGGAGAAUUUGGGGAAGAUGAAGAAGAAGGUGGCGACGCCGAGUAGCAUAUCAAAUGACUGUAUUCUAAAAUUUUAUUUUCUGUUUUAUUUCUUUGUUCUUUUUGUACGUAUAUCAAAUUAUUCAAAAGACAACGAUCAAUGGAACAAGUAAUA